GUAGUUUCGGCCGCCGCCAUGGAGCUGAGCCUCGGCCGCGCCGACUACGUGCAGGUGGGAGUGACCUCUCCGAAGACUAUGAAGCUGCUUCCUGCGCCUAGAAAGAGUGGUACACAAAAGGUGGUUAUCGGAGAUCAUGAUGGGGUGAUUUUGUGCUUUGGCAUGAAGAAAGGAGAAGCAGUAGCAGUGUUCAAGACUUUACCAGGGCAGAAGAUUGCAAGACUAGAACUGGGAGGAGUUCUUAAUACUCCUCAGGAGAAAAUUUUUAUUGCUGCAGGUUCUGAAAUUAGAGGCUUCACAAAGAGAGGAAAGCAGUUUCUGUCUUUUGAAACAAACCUCACUGAAAGUAUUAAAGCUAUGCACGUAUGUGGCUCAGAUCUCUUUCUCAGUGCAAGUUAUAUCUAUAACCAUUACUGUGACUGCAAAGACCAGCAUUAUUAUCUUUCUGGGGACAAAAUCAAUGAUGUUAUCUGCCUUCCAGUAGAAAAAUUACAUCGUAUUACACCAGUGCUGGCUUGCCAGGACCGAGUGCUCAGAGUGUUACAGGGAUCUGAUGUGAUGUAUGAAGUUGAAGUUCCAGGUCCACCAACUGUCUUAGCACUGCACAAUGGGAAUGGCGGUGACUCUGGAGAAGACCUUUUGUUUGGAACAUCAGAUGGGAAACUUGGACUAAUUCAGAUUACUACAUCUAAACCAGUGCACAAGUGGGAAAUUCAAAAUGAAAAGAAGAGAGGAGGUAUUUUGUGUGUUGACAACUUUGACAUUGUGGGUGACGGUGUUAAAGAUUUACUUGUUGGGAGAGAUGAUGGAGUAGUGGAAGUGUACAGUUUUGAUAAUGCAAAUGAGCCUGUUCUACGAUUUUUUCAGACAUUGCCUGAAAGUGUCACCUCUAUCCAGGGCGGCUGUGUAGGGAAAGAGGGCUAUGAUGAAAUUGUGGUAGCCACAUAUUCAGGCUGGGUGACCAGUCUGACAACGGAACCAAUUCAUAAGGAAUGUGGACCAGGAGAAGAAUUGAAAAUCAAUCAGGAGAUGAAGAGUAAAAUUUCUUCUUUAAGGAGUGAGUUGGAACAGUUGCAGUAUAAGGUCCUACAGGAAAGAGAGAAAUAUCAGCAGUCAUCUCAGUCAAGUAAAGCAAGAUCAGUUGCACCGUCAUUUAGUGUAAACGACAAAUUCACAUUAAAUAAAGAUGAUGCUAGCUACAGCCUUACCUUAGAGGUGCAAACAGCAAUAGAUAAUAUUUUAAUCCAGAGUGAUGUUCCAAUAGAUUUACUUGACGUGGAUAAAAAUUCUGCUGUUGUUAGCUUUAGCAGCUGUGAUUCUGAGUCAAGUGAUAACUUUCUUCUUGCCACUUAUCGGUGCCAGGCAAAUACCACAAGGCUGGAACUCAAGAUUCGCUCUAUAGAAGGCCAGUAUGGCACACUGCAAGCAUAUGUGACUCCAAGAAUUGAACCCAAAACCUGCCAGGUCCGCCAGUACCUUAUCAAACCCCUUUCCCUCCAUCAAAGAACUCACUAUAUUGAUCAUGACAGACCCAUGAAUACACUGACUUUGACAGGCCAGUUUAGUUUCGCUGAAAUUCAUUCUUGGGUGGUAUUUUGCUUGCCUGAAGUUCCUGAAAAGCCUCCAGCAGGGGAAUGCAUCACAUUUUAUUUUCAGAACACCUUUCUGGAUACACAGCUUGAAAGUACCUACAGAAAAGGAGAAGGUGUAUUCAAAUCUGAUAAUAUUUCUACUAUAUCCAUCCUAAAAGAUGUGCUUUCAAAAGAAGCUACAAAAAAGAAAAUUAAUCUCAACAUAUCAUAUGAAAUAAAUGAAGUAUCAGUCAAACAUACUUUAAAGUUGAUUCACCCCAAGCUGGAGUACCAGUUGCUUUUGGCUAAAAAAGUGCAGUUAAUUGAUGCAUUAAAAGAAUUGCAAGUUCAGGAAGGAAAUACAAACUUUCUGAUACCAGAAUAUCGCUGUAUUUUAGAAGAGGCAGAUCAUCUCCAGGAAGAAUACAAAAAGCAACCUGCACAUCUUGAAAGACUCUAUGGCAUGAUCACUGACCUUUUCAUAGACAAAUUCAAGUUCAAAGGUACUAAUGUCAAAACCAAAGUACCUCUUUUAUUGGAGAUUUUGGACAGUUACGACCAAAAUGCAUUGAUUGCUUUUUUUGAUGCUGCAUGAGUUAUAGACAAGGUAAAGAUCUCAAAUGUGGGCUAUCGAAAUGUUUUAUAAAGUCAAAACAGAAUUACAAGGUAACUGUAUAUACUGUAAGUACUAUUUAAUACCUAAAAUUAUAUUUGAAUGUGCUUUUUUUAAUUAAUGCUCUUUAUAUAAAUGGAACCGUUUAAAAAUAAAUGUUUUUAAUUUUAAAAGUGCAAGUGGAGUGAGAGGGAUUUUAGUGAAUUCUUUGCAAGUGGAUACUUUAAACUUUAAAUUGAGAAAUACUUGGAAAAUAAAAAUAUGUUCAAAAACUUGA